AUGACGACAGAGCCAACGUCAACAACUGAACCACUGAGUUCAACGACAGCAGCGUAUACGACGUCUACUACUGCAGAGCCUUGGAUGACGACAGAGCCCACGUCAACAACUGAACCACUGCCUUCAACGACAGCACCGUAUACGACGUCUACUGCUGCAGAGCCUUGGAUGACGACAGAGCCAACGUCAACAACUGAACCACUGCCGUUCAACGACAGCAGCGUAUACGACGUCUACUACUGCAGAGCCUUGGAUGACGACAGAGCCAACUUCAACAACUGA